CGGCCCGACAUGAAGCCAUGGACCGCAGGACCAGGGAAAAUCCAGAGAGAACCUUUGACUUGGUAUUGAAAGUGAAAUGUCAUGCCUCAGAAAAUGAAGAUCCGAUGGUUUUGUGGAAAUUUCCAGAGGACUUUGGAGAUCAGGAGGUACUACAGACUGUGCCCAAGUUCUGCUUCCCCUUCGACGUUGACAGAGUGUCUCAGAAUCAAGUUGGACAGCACUUUACCUUCGUCCUGACAGACAUUGAAAGUAAACAGAGAUUUGGAUUCUGCAGACUUACAUCAGGAGGCAGAAUCUGCUUAUGCAUCCUUAGUUACCUGCCUUGGUUUGAAGUAUAUUACAAGCUUCUAAAUACUCUGGCAGAUUACUUGGCUAAGGAACUGGAAAAUGAUUUGAAUGAAACUCUCAAAUGCCUGUAUAACCACCCAAUACCAGAGGCAAACACUUCUGUCCCCUUGAGUGUGCAUUCGUACUUCAUUGCCCCUGAUGUAACUGGCCUCCCAACAAUACCUGAGAGUAGAAAUCUCACGGAGUACUUCGUCGCGGUGGAUGUGAACAAGAUGCUGCAGCUGUACGCCAGCAUGCUGCACGAGCGGCGCGUCCUGGUCACCUCCAGCAAGCUGAGCGCCUUAACUGCCUGUCUCCACGGAUCAGCUGCGCUGCUCUAUCCAAUGUAUUGGCAGCAUAUAUACAUCCCGGUGCUCCCCCCACACCUGCUGGACUACUUGGUCUCGGCCCUGAAAAACAAACUGAAGAAGCAGUCUACCGCUACUGGGGACGGAGUAGCUAGGGCCUUUCUUAGGGCGCAGGCUGCUUUGUUUGGGUCCUACAGAGAUGCCCUGAGAUACAAACCUGUAAGCGCUUCAUUUCAUCGCUAUUUUAAUUUGCUUUUUUAUGUUUCUUUGGAAUGGGGCAGAAAAAGAAACAUUUUAUCGCACCUUAAAAAAGCGUCAUAAAGGUCUUCUACACUGUGUCCCCUCUCCAGUUUCUUGACUUUUGGUUUUUGGUUCUUUUAGCAGCCUUUAGUUAAUAUUUCCCACAUUAUUUUGCAUUACCAGCUUUUUUGUUCUAAAAUUUGAGUACUUAUCUCUUAACUAAUUAAUGAGUUGUAUUAAUGCAUUUUAAAUUAACUACCACUCUUAUUAAGAUCAUUAAGAAUUUAGCAUUUUGUUUAUUAAUGUGUUUAGAAAUGACAGGUACAAAAUGAAAGUUUUAAAAUAUUAGAACUUGAAAAUUCUGUGAUAUUUUCUGUGAUAUUUGGAAAUUUAUUGUCUUCCUAAUACAUAACACUUUUCUAAGUGGGCUUCUCUGUUUAGCAUAUCCUAGCUAGUGUCAUUUCUUUUUUCUUUAGUACCCUUAAAAUGAUUAUUAUAUAGAAUUGUAGCCACCAUUUCACCUUUUUAGAUGGUCCGGAAAGGUAUAAGUCAAAAUAUAUUUGUUUCUCUCCCUGAAAUAUUGGUUAAGUGUUUAGUCUGACUUUAUGAAAAUCAUUACACUGCCCUUCCAUCGUGAGAUAAGUUGUAAUGGAUAAAAAACAUUGAGUUAGUAUUAUUAAGUAAUAUGACCUUCUAUCUAAUAGGCAGUCCUGCCAUUAUUAAGCUGUGUUACCAUGACCUCUUUCCUUAGUGUCUCUAGACUUCUAUCUUUCUUUGUAAAAUGAGAAUUUCUGUACCAUCCCUGUCUAUCUUUCAGGUGUGUAAACCCUAUCAUAAAUUAGGAAGCUCUAAUAAAUGUCCUUUCUAAAUCAACUCCAAAUCAGUGGUUCACAUCCUGUGGUUCUUAUACUUCUGAGGAGUUACUGAGUCAUUAGUAUGAGUCCUUAAAUGUAUAGGCAGAUCAGCUGUAUAGAUACAUAUGUCUAAUUUGCAUGCUAAUCUUUUAGAAAUACUGUGUAUAUUUCUACAUCAGUAGAAAGCAUCAUAGAACUUGUACAUAUAUGCAUAUCUGACAUGAGGAAUCUUAAAAAAUUAUUAACAGUUAGAGGGUCUUAUUCUUUAAAAGACUGAA